AUGGACACGAGGAUCCACAAGGACGGCGUGGAAAGUGAAAGCGGACGUCACAGGCAAGAGGUGAAUGUGCAAAGCAAGAGCGUGAACGAUACAACGACAUUAAAGAAAUGUAUGUGUUCCUACAGAAAUAUCCUCAGAGACGGCAAGGUUGAAAUGGAGUGGAAAAAAGAAACGCAAAGACCAACGGUACGGAACAGGCGUGGGAUGGGUCGGACGAAACGGGCGAGAGGGUGUGGAAUGGCACUGCAGGGGAACCACAGACGAGAUCUUCGUGGGAACCUGUGCAGAAACCAACGAGAUGCAUCUGUGAGUUCGGAAGGGGGUGUGUGGGCAAUGUGGGCAGUGUGGUGGGCGGUGUGGUGCGAGGAUAUGGCUCGAUCGCGCGCACGCCGCAUGCAACCAACUUACAAGACCAAGCGAGGACAGUGCCAAGCUGAGAACUCUUUCCGACUUGAGCAACGUCGCGAGGAGGAGAUGACGAGACGGCAAUUUGUGACGUUUGUGGCGAGAGGAGACUGA